UUAAUUUAUUAUGAUCUCAUUUUACUCAUUAUUUAAGCAAAAGUAUUAUACAGUUAUAUAAAAAGUGCAUUGAAAAACGAAAAAGUGAUUAAAAGUGCCAAAAUGCAAGUUUAUUGUUUGAAAGAAGUAUAAUAUUAAAGGCUAUUUUACAUUUAAAUCAUGGCAAUUCAUGAAAAUCGACAUGGUGGAGGUUUACCCAUGAGAUAUAUGAUGGCCAUUAUGGGUUCCAUCGGCAUGGCUAUUAUUUAUGGAUUUAAAGUUAAUGCAAGUGUAGCAAUUGUCGCAAUGGUGAACCACACAGCAGUUAAAUUAUUAUCAAAUGAAACCGUAAACUCAACAACAAAAUCAGUUCCAGAUGGACCGUUCGUUUGGAAUGAGCCUCUUCAAGGACUCAUUAAGGCUUCAUAUUUUUGGGGGUACUUAGUAUCAUUGAUACCAGCAGGAAGAAUGUCAGAGCUGCUUUCUGCAAAGUGGGUGAUGAAUGCAUCCGUUUUACUAAACGUUAUCGCUUCGCUUCUCUCACCUGUUGCUGCGCAGAUGCAUUAUUCGCUCUUUAUCGCCAUGAGAUUUAUACAAGGUCUUGGCGGGGGUGUUACCUUCCCGGCCAUGCAUGUAAUGGUAUCAAAAUGGGCUCCGCCAAGCGAAAGAAGUGUCCUAACUUCUAUCAUUUAUGCAGGAACUGCUUUGGGAACGGUAAUUGCUUUAUUGCUCUCUGGACUUUUGGCUGAUCAUUUUGGCUGGGUUUGGAUUUUCUAUGUGGAAGGUUCUCUUUGCCUAAUUUGGUGCACUGCUUGGUGGCUUAUGGUUGAAGAUUCUCCUGAAAAGCAAAAGUGGUUCAUCACUUUAGAGGAAAAGGAACUCAUUGCCUCUUCUUUGAACCAAUCCCUUCACAAGAGUUCUCACAGCGCCUCUUUUCCUUGGAGAGACGUCAUCAAAUCCACCCCAUUCCUGGCGAUUCUGGUUGCUCACUUCUGCAGUAACGUUGGCUGGUAUAUGAUGCUCAUUGAGCUUCCCAAUUACAUGAAUCAAAUUCUCAAAUUCCAAUUGAGUGAGAACGCAGGGCUCUCAGCAAUGCCUUUUCUUUGUAUGUGGAUUUUUACCAUGGUUCUCAGUAAAAGUCUGGCAGUAAUGCAGGAAAAAACUUGGAUUUCAGUUACCGUUUCCAGAAAAAUCGGAACGUUGUUCGCUUCUGCUGUGCCCAUGUUGUGCUUGAUUGGUGUAUCCUACGUUGAUCACAAUCGAGUUAUGGCCGUCACUUUUAUGACAAUUGGAGGCACCUGUAUCGGAGGAAUGUACUGCGGAUUUCUUGCAAAUCACAUAGACAUUGCACCAAAUUUUGCCGGAACCCUAGUGUCUAUUACGAACUUUUUUGCAACAAUUCCCGGACUAACGAUUCCAAUAGUUGUUGGAAAGCUCACCGAAGGAAACUCGACAUCUGAAGCCUGGAGAGUAAUUUUCUUCAUAACAGUAGCAUUUUACCUCGUUGAAAUGCUAAUUUACACGAUGUUUGGAACAGGGAAAGAACAACCGUGGAAUAAUGUUAACUCUGCAGAAGUUCAUCUGGAAGAAGCUUCUGAGCAAACAGUACCACUAAAAGAAAAAAACACGAAUGGAAAAGUCGUUUCCUACAAAAAUUGAAUGUUUCAAUGUUCAGAGAUUGGAUAUUAUCUAUGAGAACUUACUCAAUAGUAAUUUAUCUUUGAUUCCUUCACAGAACUGAAAGUUAUUCAACACGUACUUAAGUAUUUAUUAUUAGGCUUAGGGAUCGCCAGAGGCUGUCUGUUGAUUUUCAAACUUACAGGUUGUCUAGAAACUACGUUACCACUUUGAAAAAAGGAUUAAAAUUCAAAUGUAUUUUAGAAAAUUCGUUGUUUUUGCUUGAAAAUUCAAGUAUAU